GAGUGUGUGUGUGUGUGUGUGUGUGUGUGAGAGAGAGAGUUACACAACUCAGUGUUUAUUAUCAUCCGCGCUGUUUUUACUGGACCACCGUGUGUGUGUGUGUGUGUGUGUGUGUGUGUGGGACAUGUCCGCGGGACUCGCGCCUCUCCGGUGAUACGGACCGAGUGUGUGUGUGUGUGUGCGGGCGCGCGCCGGAGCAGGACCACACGGGAUCUAAACCUUCCAGAAGACACGGACACGGGGACACACGGAGACACGGAGACACACACGGACACACACACACUGUAUUUUCCCGGUUAUGUGGAUUUACUGCUCUAAUGUCGGAGAGUUAAAGUUCCUCGGCGGUGUGUGUGUGUGUGUGAGAUCAGUGCACAGCCUGAGUGUGUACCGGAGAGAUGGAGCGCGCGCACUCGGUGUGGACGGUGUGUGUGUGUUUGUCCUUCAUCAGUCUGAGCAUCUGGAGUUCAGCAGAGGAAGACGUCGUGAUGAACACAAAAGCAGAAACCUCAGAUCUCAGAUGGACCAUCCACCCUGCUGCAGAUCCUGAGUGGGAGGAGAUGAGCGGUCUGGAUGAGGAAGGGAACAGCGUGAGGACGUUUCAGAUCUGUCCGUCAGACGGGGGCUCGACGUCUCAUUGGCUGAGGACGCGUCUGAUCCCAGUGGGCGGAGCCUCUCAGCUGUAUGUGGAGAUCCGCUUCACCAUCAUGGAGUGUGGCUCGAUGCGCUCGCACUCACACACACAGACCUGCAAGGAGACCUUUAACGUCUACUACUACCAGAGCGAUGAGGACUCGGCCACGCCCACACACCCUGCCUGGAUGGAGAACCCGUACACCAAGGUGGACACGGUGGCGGCUGACUUCCUGUUGCGUCGCGGCGGUGAGAAGAAGUGGAACGUGAAGACGCUGCGUGUGGGUCCGGUCACCAAGGCCGGCGUGUAUCUGGCGUUCCAGGCUCAGGGCGUGUGCAUGGCGCUGCUCUCUGUGCGGGUCUACUAUAAAAAAUGUCCGUCUCAUGUGCGCAACUUCUCCGUCUUCCCCGAGACUGUCCCUCAUUCGCUGGUGCAGCAGGCUGAGGGCAAGUGUGUGGAAAACUCCGCCCCCUCGGGACCUGAGCCCCGCCCGCCCACCAUGCUGUGUGGAGAGGAUGGACAGUGGGUGGAGCCUGCUUCCACUUCCUGUGCGUGCAAACCUGGAUAUGAACCUGUGGACACAGACCGCUGCCGAGCGUGUGUGCCGGGUCAGUACAAGGCGUCGAUGGGAGCGAGUGUGUGUCGCGCGUGUCCGAUGAACAGUCACACACACUCUCCCGGAGCCACUGUGUGUUCCUGUCGCACUGGUUUCUACAGAGCGCCGACUGACACGCCCGCCAUGGCCUGUACCAAGCCCCCCUCUGCACCCCGGAACAUUGUCCCCCACGUGAACGAUACGAUGGUGGCGUUGGAGUGGAGCGAGCCUGUGGAGCGCGGCGGACGCUCGGACCUGUCGUACGCGGUGGAGUGUGUGCGAUGCGGUGCGAGCGUGUGUGUGCCGUGUGCGGAGAGCGUGGUGUAUCGGCCCGCGCAGACGGGACUGACGGGGCGGAGGGUGGUGAUCCACGGCCUGCAGCCACACACACGCUACACCUUCACCAUCAUCGCCAUCAACGCCGUGACGGCCGACAGCAGCGUGCACACCUCGUCAGCUAGCAUCAACAUCACCACCAGCAGCUACGUCCUUGUCCCAGUCUCAGGAAUCAAAGUAAUAAGGGUGUCAGAGACGAGUCUGACUCUGGCAUGGAAUGUCCCGGAACACACACUUCACACCAUCACGGAGUUCCAGAUACGCUACUGUCUACAGGGUGAGGACGAGGCGUGGCAGUACGUCAGCAGUAAGCAGAACACGGUGGUCCUGGUGAAUUUGUCUCGCUCGUCUCAGUACAGAGUUCAGGUCCGAGCCAGAACCAGCACCGGAUACGGACAGUUCAGCAGUCAGAACACAGUCAGAACCCUGCCCGACGACACAGAAUCUCACACUCGCAUGGUGGUGACCGGCGUGCUGGUUGCUAUGGGACUCCUCCUCCUCAUCACCGUGGUAACUGUUGCCGUGUUCUGUUGCCGAAAGCACAGCAGGCUGAGGGACUCAGAGUCAGAUAAAAAUGGACAGUAUCUCAUGACUCCAGGCAUGAAGGUUUACAUCGAUCCCUUUACAUACGAGGACCCGAACGAGGCAGUACGAGAGUUCGCUAAGGAGAUUGACGUCUCAUUCGUGAAGAUAGAGGAGGUGAUUGGAGCAGGGGAGUUUGGAGAGGUGUGCCGAGGCCGCCUACGUAUUCCUGGUAAGAAGGAAAACUACGUGGCCAUCAAGACCCUGAAGGGCGGCUACACGGAUAAGCAGAGGCGUGACUUCCUGUCUGAGGCGUCCAUCAUGGGCCAGUUCCACCAUCCCAACAUCAUCCAUCUGGAGGGAGUGAUCACUACUUCCUGUCCGUCCAUGAUCAUCACUGAGUACAUGGAGAACGGAGCACUGGACUCGUUCCUCAGGAUGAACGAUGCUCAGUUCACCCCCCUGCAGUGUGUUGGUAUGCUCCGGGGUAUAGCCAGUGGGAUGAAGUACCUGAGUGAGAUGGGCUUCGUCCACCGAGACCUCGCCGCCCGGAACAUCCUCGUUAACAGCAACCUGGUGUGUAAAGUGUCUGAUUUUGGGCUGUCCAGGUUCCUCACAGAGAGUUCUUCAGACCCAACGUACACCAGCUCGCUGGGCGGGAAAAUCCCGAUUCGCUGGACGGCUCCUGAGGCCAUCGCAUUCCGGAAAUUCACCUCCGCAUCCGAUGUCUGGAGUUACGGCAUUGUCAUGUGGGAAGUAAUGUCAUUCGGAGAGCGGCCAUAUUGGGACAUGAGCAACCAGGAUGUCAUCAAUGCAAUAGAACAAGACUACCGUUUGCCCCGCCCACCUGAUUGCCCUGCCCCCCUGCACCAGCUGAUGUUGGAUUGUUGGCAGAGAGAGCGCGCCUCCCGUCCCCGAUUUUGUGACCUUGUGAAUGCUCUUGACAAGCUUAUUAGAAACCCCGCCUCCCUCAAACACACGUCUCACACACAAGACGGGUUGUUGCUGGAUGGCCGUCCCUCUCUGUCUCAGUGUGUGUCAGUGACCGAGUGGCUCAAGGGCAUCAAAAUGGAGCGAUACGAGGAGAACUUCAUCCAGGCCGGGUUCACCACAUUAGACCUCAUCUCUCAGAUCAGCACUGAGGACCUGCUGCGUAUCGGUGUCACUCUGGCUGGUCAUCAGAAGAAGAUUCUCUCCAGCAUCCAUGCCGUUAGAGUCCAAUCCAAAAACUGAACACACACACACGACGGAAAGGUUUCCUUCCCAUGAUCCUUUGCACUUCGAGACCACUACACAUGACGAGGAAUGACAUCAUCAGUCACAUGCACCAGUCACCUCUCACUCUGUUGGUGGACGUCCUAGUGCCUGCUCCUCGUCCGUUUUCCCCUCGGGCCUGAUGACAUCACACACUGUCUUAUUCAGGGUCUAAUUUAACUUGUUCCUUUUUUUUCUUCUUUCUUUUUUUUUUUUUUUUUACACAAAACGAACUAUGAUGUCACUAUGCAUCGGCGUGCCUCGUAGACCAACCACUGUCCGGUGUUCCGCGGUGUCGUCGCCUGAUGGGCUUUGUACAUGCGGGUGUUUACAUGCGGGUGUUCAGGAGAACAGACGCCUUCCCAUCAUGCCUUGCACUUCCAGCCCAGUACAGACGACAUAUGACAGAGACUGUCUUCGAGGAAUGACAUCACACUAUGGAACUUCAUGACAUUUAGGAAUUAUGAUGUAUUUAUGACACGGUUUAUGGUGUUUAAACCCGAACUGGAUAAUCGCUCAAUCACGUGCUGUCAUUCCUGACACUUCCUGUUUCAUGUUAUGCUCAAAGUGUCUCUGCAGCGAAUGACAUCACAUUGUUAAAUGGUGACAUCAUUAUGACAUCAUUAUGACAUCACGGUGCCUAGCAGACCUAUCACUGUGUGCUGUUCCAUGGUGCCUGAAGCUGAUUGGCUCUAAUCCUUCCUGCGCUUUAGUUUUGAGAAAAGACUUGUAGGUUGUGAAGUUGCCUUGACAGCAGUUGCCGUGGUAAUUGUGUUGCUAUGACGGCUUCAUGACAUCAUGGCUCCGUCCCCUUUCCCUUAAGGUCUGGACCAAUCAGGAUCCAGGAAGCAAGACGGAGGUCCACCGGUAGCGUCCAGCCUUAAAUGUUGCCAUGGAAACUGCCGCUUUGCAUUCUGGGAGUUUAAAAUAGGAAUCUUCAUAUUGAAGGUCCGUUAUAUUUGAAUGAGCCGAUUAUUAUAUUUUGUAUGAAUAGUUUUGUAUGAAAUAAAUAAUUGAAUAAAAUAUAAA